GUGGCAUUGGGAGGCCGGGCCCGGGGGAGGAGGUGGCGUUCGGUUAGCGGCGUUGGGGUCUGGCUGCAGUGGCAGUGCUUUCUCGUCUGCUCACUGGGACCCGCUCAGGCUGGAGGCCAGCCAGGUGAAGAGCUCGCCCGCAUGCGUACGCGCUGCGUGGGAGCCGCGAGGCCUGGGGCGGGAGGGGGCCUCGUCUUGGCCUCCUGCGCUGUUGCGACGGGCCGGCGUGAGGCACCGUGGCGCGGACUUCGUCUCAGCCCCGCCCUCGCCCCUGCCCUCGCCCCCGCCCUCGGCCCUACCCUGACCGCUUUCCUCCCCCUCUCUCCCAGCUCUUGCCGCCACCUCGGUCGCGAUGGGGGCGCAGGACCGGCCGCAGUGCCACUUCGACAUCGAGAUCAACCGGGAGCCGGUUGGUCGCAUUAUGUUUCAGCUCUUCUCAGACAUAUGUCCAAAAACAUGCAAAAACUUCCUUUGCUUGUGCUCAGGAGAGAAAGGCCUUGGGAAAACAACUGGGAAGAAGUUAUGUUAUAAAGGUUCUACGUUCCAUCGUGUGGUUAAAAACUUUAUGAUUCAGGGUGGGGACUUCAGUGAAGGUAAUGGAAAAGGUGGAGAAUCAAUUUAUGGUGGAUAUUUUAAAGAUGAAAACUUUAUUCUCAAACAUGACAGAGCGUUCCUUUUGUCAAUGGCAAAUCGAGGGAAACAUACCAAUGGUUCCCAGUUUUUCAUUACCACAAAGCCUGCUCCACACCUGGAUGGGGUGCAUGUCGUCUUUGGACUGGUUAUUUCUGGUUUUGAAGUAAUCGAACAAAUUGAAAAUCUGAAAACCGAUGCUGCAAGCAGACCAUAUGCAGAUGUGCGAGUUAUUGACUGUGGAGUACUUGCCACAAAAUCAAUAAAAGAUGUUUUUGAGAAAAAAAGGAAGAAACCAACUCAUUCAGAAGACUCGGAUUCCUCUUCCAAUUCCUCUUCCUCUUCAGAAUCAUCUUCAGAAAGUGAAAUUGAACAUGAGAGAAGCAGAAGGAGGAAACAUAAGAGGAGGCCAAAAGUUAAACGUUCUAAAAAGAGGCGAAAGGAAGCAAGCAGUUCAGAAGAACCAAGGAAUAAACAUGUAAUGAAUCCAAAAGGUCACUCUGAGAGGAGUGAUACCAAUGAAAAAAGGUCAGUUGAUUCCAGUGCUAAAAGGGAAAAACCUGUGGUCCGCCCAGAAGAGAUUCCUCCAGUGCCUGAGAACCGAUUUUUACUGAGAAGAGAUAUGCCUGUUGUUACUGCAGAACCUGAACCGAAGAUUCCUGAUGUCGCACCCAUUGUAAGUGAUCAGAAACCAUCUGUAUCAAAGUCUGGACGGAAGAUUAAAGGAAGGGGCACAAUUCGCUAUCACACACCUCCAAGAUCAAGAUCCUGUUCUGAGUCAGAUGAUGAUGACAGCAGUGAAACUCCUCCUCACUGGAAAGAGGAAAUGCAGAGAUUAAGAGCAUAUAGACCACCUAGUGGAGAAAAAUGGAGUAAAGGAGAUAAGUUAAGUGACCCCUGUUCAAGUCGAUGGGAUGAAAGAAGCUUGUCCCAGAGAUCCAGAUCAUGGUCCUAUAAUGGAUAUUAUUCAGACCUUAGUACAGCAAGACACUCUGAUGGCCACCAUAAAAAACGCAGAAAAGAAAAAAAGGUUAAGCAUAAAAAGAAAGGGAAAAAGCAGAAACAUUGCAGAAGACACAAACAAACUAAGAAGAGAAGGAUUCUUAUACCGUCUGACAUAGAAUCCUCAAAAUCUUCCACUCGAAGAAUGAAAUCCUCUUGUGAUAGAGAAAGGAGUUCUCGUUCUUCCUCAUUAUCGUCUCAUCACUCAUCAAAGAGAGACUGGUCUAAAUCUGAUAAGGAUGUCCAGAGCUCUUUAACCCAUUCCAGCAGAGACUCAUACAGAUCAAAAUCUCACUCACGGUCUUAUUCUAGAGGAAGCUCAAGAUCAAGGACUGCGUCAAAGUCCUCAUCACAGUCUCGAAGUAGAUCAAAGUCCAGAUCUAGUUCCAAGUCUGGGCACCGAAAGAGAACAUCAAAAUCACCAAGAAAACCAGCUUCUCAGUUAAGUGAAAAUAAACCAGUUAAAACAGAACCUUUGAGAUCAACCAUGGCACAAAAUGAAAAUGUAGUAGUACAACCAGUUGUAGCAGAAAAUAUUCCUGUAAUACCACUGAGUGACAGUCCCCCCCCUUCAAGAUGGAAGCCUGGACAGAAACCUUGGAAGCCCUCUUACGAGCGAAUUCAGGAAAUGAAAGCUAAAACAACCCAUUUGCUACCCAUCCAAAGCACUUACAGUUUAGCAAAUAUUAAAGAGACUGGUAGCUCAUCAUCCUACCAUAAAAGAGAAAAAAAUUCAGAAAGUGAUCAGAGCACUUAUUCAAAAUGCAGUGAUAGAAGUUCAGAAAGCUCACCAAGGUCAAGGAGCAGAUCUUCUAGGAGUAGAUCUUAUUCCAGAUCAUAUACAAGAUCACGUAGUCUAGCUAGUUCACAUUCAAGGUCUAGGUCUCCAUCAUCUAGAUCUCAUUCACGAAAUAAAUACAGUGAUCAUUCACAGUGUAGUAGAUCAUCUUCAUAUACUUCUAUUAGCAGUGAUGAUGGAAGGCGAGGUAAGAGGAGACUUAGAUCCAGUGGGAAAAAAAAUAGUGUUUCACAUAAAAAACACAGCAGCAGCUCUGAAAAGACACUUCACAGUAAAUAUGUCAAAGGUAGAGACAGGUCUUCAUGUUUGAGAAAGUAUAGCGAGAGCAGAUCAUCUUUAGAUUAUUCUUCAGACAGUGAGCAGUCAAGUGUUCAGGCUGCACAGUCAGCCCAGGAAAAAGAAAAGCAGGGCCAAAUGGAAAGAACACAUAAUAAACAAGAAAAAAACAGAGGUGAAGAAAAAUCCAAGCCUGAACGGGAAUGCCCUCAUUCAAAAAAAAAAAAUUUGAAAGAGAAUCUUUCUGAUCACCUUAGAAAUGGCAGUAAGCCCAAAAGGAAGAAUUAUGCUGGUAGUAAAUGGGACUCUGAGUCAAAUUCAGAACGAGAUGUAACUAAAAACAGUAAAAAUGACUCCCGUCCAUCCUCUGACAAGGAGGAAGGUGAGGCCACAUCCGAUUCUGAAUCAGAGGUUAGUGAAAUUCACAUCAAAGUGAAACCCACAACCAAGUCGUCUGCAAAUACUUCACUGCCUGAUGAUAAUGGUGCUUGGAAAUCAAGCAAACAGCGCACAUCAACUUCUGAGUCUGAGGGGUCCUGUUCCAAUUCGGAAAACAAUAGAGGAAAGCCACAAAAGCACAAACAUGGGUCAAAGGAAAAUCUUAAAAGAGAACACACCAAAAAAAUGAAAGAGAAAUUGAAAGGGAAAAAAGACAAAAAGCACAAGGCUCCAAAACGAAAGCAAGCAUUUCACUGGCAGCCUCCACUAGAAUUUGGCGAAGAGGAGGAGGAGGAGGAGAUUGAUGACAAGCAAGUUACUCAGGAGUCAAAAGAGAAAAAAGUUUCUGAAAACAGUGAAACCAUAAAAGAUAAUAUUCCAAAACCUGAGAAAUCCUGUGAAGAGGGCAACCUUUCAGCUUUAAAUACUGAGGAAAACGUGGCCUGUUCGCAAAACAUUGAGCAUGUUGAAGAAAGUGUUACCAAUGGAGUGGAAGAUGUGCUUCAAACAGAUGACAACAUGGAGAUCUGUACUCCUGAGAGGAGUUCCCCAGCAAAGGUAGAGGAGGCUUCCCCUCUAGGAAAUGCACGGCUUGAUACCCCAGAUAUAAACAUUGUUCUGAAGCAGGAUAUGGCAACAGAACAUCCUGAAGCAGAGGUGGUAAAACAGGAAAGCAGCAUGUCUGAAAGUAAAGUGUUGAGUGAAGUGGGGAAACAGGACAGCAGCUCUGCUAGCUUGGCUAGUGCUGGAGAAAGUACUGGGAAGAAGGAGGUGGCUGAGAAGAGCCAGAUCAACCUCAUUGAUAAGAAAUGGAAGCCCCUGCAAGGUGUGGGGAACCUGGCAGCAGCUACUCCUGCCACAUCCAGUGCUGUGGAAGUUAAGGCAUUGACCACUGUGCCUGAAAUGAAACCACAAGGCUUGAGAAUAGAAAUUAAAAGCAAAAAUAAAGUUCGGCCUGGGUCUCUCUUUGAUGAAGUAAGAAAGACAGCACGCUUAAACCGUAGACCAAGAAAUCAGGAGAGUUCAAGUGAUGAGCAGACGCCUAGUCGGGAUGAUGAUAGCCAGUCCAGGAGUCCAAGUAGAUCUCGAAGUAAAUCUGAAACCAAAUCAAGACACAGAACAAGGUCUGUCUCCUACAGUCACUCAAGAAGUCGAUCGAGAAGCUCCACAUCAUCUUAUCGAUCAAGAAGCUACUCUAGAAGUCGGAGCAGAGGAUGGUACAGCAGAGGCCGAACCAGAAGCCGGAGCAGUUCCUACCGGAGUUACAAAAGUCAUAGGACGUCCAGCAGGAGCAGAUCCAGGAGCAGCUCAUAUGAUCCCCACAGUCGGUCCAGCAGGUCCUACACCUACGAUAGCUACUAUAGCAGGAGUCGGAGUCGAAGUAGAAGCCAGAGAAGUGACAGUUACCACCGAGGCAGAAGUUAUAAUCGGCGGUCCAGGAGUUGUAGAUCUUAUGGCUCUGACAGUGAAAGUGACCGAAGUUACUCUCAUCACCGGAGCCCCAGUGAGAGCAGCAGAUAUAGUUGAAAAUGUCCCUUUUAUGGAUACAAAUUAUAUCUUAUUUGUAAAUAUCUAGCAACUUAAAAGCUUAAGAAACUUAAUGACAGUCUGUUGUUCUAUUUCAAUAUCAGAGAUGAAUUUCAAAAAUAGAUACUUCUUAAUUGUUACUCGUUCAUUUACAUGUGGGGAGAAGAAUUUAAAAUACAGAUAUGUCUCCUAAAAAUAUUUUUAUGCCACAUUUUACAGUAGCCAACUAUGGAAAUGAACUUCAUUUUCUUGAAUCAAGAAAUCGUGAAAUUUAUGUAUAAUUUGCAAUAUUAUUUUAAGUCUAUUUCACUCUAUCUCACGUAUUCCUUAGAAUACAGAUUCUUUUUGCCUGUUUUUCCAGUUUUAGCAUAUAUGCUGCCAAGCAUAGAACUGUGAAGGAGAACUGUUAAAGGCGGCCAAAUAUUUAUAUACUGAUUACAUAGAGUCUUGUACAUAAUGUGCUCUAAAAACAAACCACCCAGAAUUGAUACUGUUGGUAACCAGGAGUAUAAGGCAGUGGCUCUGGGGUUCUUAAUUCAUUCCUAACUUCUUUGAUAUUUCACAGGAUUAGGAAAGUGGUCAUGAUACGUCCCACACAGUCUGUAUUACUUCAGGCUUGUGGGCAAGGUUAGGAAGAAUCAAUCAGCCUUAACUAUAAAUACCUGCACUGUCUCUGAGGACUUACUAUUUUAUGUUCUUUUUAAUCAAUACCUAUCAGAAGUUGAGGUUAUAAAAGCAAUUCUAUUCUACUUCAUGCUUUGGUGCUUGGUAAUUUUUGGUACCUCUUUAAGCAUUACUCUUAUAGAUCAUAUAUUUAAAUACCAUAAAAGAGAAAAAUUAAAUUCAAAAAAAUCACUGGCACCAAAAAUGGUUUAUUCUGAGCUGUCUUCACUUUGACUAUUUGGGGGGCUUCUCUCAAGUACAGAUGUGGGUUGGGGUCCCCUGGAGCAGGCAGGAUUGGCAAUAGGAGAUACUGGCCACUCAAGUCUACUACGUGUGUGUACCUCUGGAAGAGUGAAGACUGGACUUCAAAAGUAACAUCAAAAUCUAACUGCCACCAUCCUGGAGACAUUUUGCAGGGCUUUCAAGUCUUUCAAGUACAGGAUAUUACCACAACAGCAGCUGAACUGUUGUAACCAGCAUGUUUUUCCUGUUUCCACUGUGACCUGCAGCUGACUCAAAGCCUUGCAUGACCUGACCCAGGUGCAAGAGACAGGGGAAGAGGGAUAGAGGGUAUAGCAUAAAUUAUAUAUUUUCAUGGCUUUGGGUGGUUCCUCCAAAAAUAAUUGGACCUGUAAAAACUAGUGUGUGUGUGUGUGUGUGUGUGUGUGUGUGUUUAAUCUUUACUUUGAAUUUGUUCCCCAAGUGUACUUAAUCACCUUAGUGCCACUUUAAUCCAGUUAUGCAGAAGAAAUUCAUAUUGGAUGCCUGAUGUAGAACUCAGCACUACCCUACCACAGGCCUUGUCUGGUGUAUUUGGGAAGUGGAAAAGAGCCCUCAGUUGUAGGGAGCUGACAACCCUUGGUGGAGGGAGGGUGCCCUUGAAUGUAUUAAAACUAUCACCCAAAGAAGGUAUGAAAACAGGGUAAGGUGGUCAGUUGUUUGCCAGGUUGAUAGACAGAAGUACAUUAGAAAACAGGACUUUGGCCAAACAAACAAUACUGGAUACUGAAUACAAAACAGUAUGAUUUAAAGGUUUUCAAGGGUUGCCUGCAAAGGAGAAUAUUACUACUAGUCAGUAGGAAAAAAAUGCAUUCAGAACCCAAGCAGAAACUGCCAAAUGUAAUUAAGAAAAGUUGCCCUUGGGCACUGUGUUAGUUUUCUAUUGCUGUGUGACAAAUUACCCCAAAUUUAGCAGUUUAAAACAACACCCAUUUAGCAGUUCUGUAGCUCAUGGGUCUGGCACAGUGUGGCUGGCUUCUCUGCUCAGGGUCUUACAAGGCUGAAAUAAGGGUUGGCAGGACAACAUUCCUUCAUGGAGGCUCUGGGGAAGAAUCUGCUUCUAAGCUCAUUCAGGUUGUUGGCAGAAUUCAGUUCCUUGCUGGCUCUCAGCUGGGGGCCCCUCUCUCACCUCCUUAAGGCUGCCUGCAUUCCUUCUUGUGUGGUCCCCUCCAGCUUCAAACCAGCCUUCCUGCUCUUUCUCAUGGUUCAUCUCUCUCCCGUCCUCCUCUGUUUUAGGGGCAUAUGAUUAGCUCAAACCCACAGAUAUAUUUGACGGUCGAUUGUUCGAUAGAACAUAAUUGCAGGAGUACUAUCUCAUCUCAUCAUAUUCACGGGUUCCGGAGAUUAGCUCACUGAAAGGGGGAGGGGCAUUUUCAAAUUCUGCCUACCACAGGCAAUAACUUUGCCCAUCUCAGCUGUGGGUGGAAUUUUAUCCAGAAAAGAUAGGCCCUAGAAGCCUCAUUUCUUUUCUCCAUGGACAAGGACAGCCCUCUGCUGCAGCAUUCAACUUGUAUGUUUACUGACAGAGUGAACUACAGAAAUAGCCUUUCUUCCUAAAGGGGAUUGUUCUGUAUUUUGAAGUUAUUUUUUAAUAAAAUUGAAUUAUGUUGUGUAUUGUGCUUCUUAAUAGGAAAUGCAUUAUUGGACUGUUUUUGUAACAUCUUGUUUAUUGCAAAUAGCUAGUAUUGUUCAAAAACUGUAUAAAAUACUUUUGUACAUAUUAGCAAUGUCUAAUUUGUAUACACUUCAGUUAAAUUUCCCUAAAACUUUAAAGGGGACCUUGUAGAAAUUAAAAUAUAUACUUAGUCUAA